AUGUCUGUGGACGUCCCGGGCCAAAGCUCUGAUGUACAGGUCCUCAUUAAUGAGGCGAGGACACUGGUGUCUCAGCUGUAUGAUCCAGCAAAUACCGGCAACCCCGCAAAGAUCAAAGCUAUCCAGGAGCAUCUGCAGAUUCUCCAGAAAGGCCCCCAAGCAUGGCUCAUUGCUAAUAAUCUCCUCAGUGAUGAGAGUACUGACUUGAGAUUCUUUGGAGCCCUAACAUUUACUGUCAAGAUUAACCAGGAUUGGCAACAGUUAAAUGAAGACGAGGCUCGAGAGCUUCUUGGGCGACUGAUUGACCAUUAUGUCGUCUUAGUAAAUGGGGGAGAGCGCCCUCUGGUGGUACGCAAGUUGGCUUCCAGUCUAGCAACCAUCUUCCUAAAGCCGAAUGCUCCCUGGAAUCAUGCUAUUUGGAACCUGGCGGCUUCUUUAGCAAAUGGAAAGCAUAUCUCUGAGGAGCAGUUCGAGUUCGUUCUCCGUCAUAUGCUGCAGCAAGAAUCUUCCGGUCACUCUAUAUCUGAUGGCGCUCCUGGCGUCGAGGCCAUCAACUCCUACCAAUCAUGGGCCUUGGUCCGUAAUGCACUCCAACUCCGCGACACGAUACGCGCCACUCAGCUUGCUCCUGCCACCAGCUAUGUGAUUCAAAGUUUGAAAGUUCCCAGCUUAUCAAAGUCUGCAAUGCAGGUCCUGGUCGAAUUAAUAGAUUGGCGAGACAGUAUAUUUAGCCAGGAGCAUGUCUACUCUAUGUUGGAAUAUAUCAUCAGUGAUCUUGGCACGGCCCAUAUCGCUUCCAUAAUGGAUGCCGAUUUUGAAGAUGAGAAUAUGACAUUCUUGGAACUUCUAUUAGCGUACGCAACACUCAAACAAAGGGAGCUUUUGAUCCAGCCCUUGAAUCCUGACCAUGAGAAAGUUCUGGCCCUUCUCCACGCUCUCUUCAAAGCCCCUGGAUAUGCAGCAGUGGACGAUUCAGCAUCGCCGUUGGUCCUUGAGUGGUGGACUGAAGUUGCUGAUGAUCUCCAAGAUAUAUACUUGGAUACAGAAGAUGAAGAAGGGAUUGAUCCUGCUAAACGCAAUCUUGCUCGUGCAGCUAUGGAUUGCUUUGAGAAACUCAAAUACCCGAGUCCAGAGGAGCUACAAGAAUGGGGUGAUGAUGAUCGCAGUGAGUUUGGCGCUUUUCGCCGUGACGUUUGCGACUUCCUCCUAGCAAUCUAUCCUAUGUUAGGAGUUGAGUUAGUUCAAGUGUUCCAGGAACGAGCAAAAUCAUCUUUAGUGCAGCAGGACUGGAGAACAUUCGAGGCCGCAGUAUUCUGCAUGGCUCAACUUUCGGAAGCUGUCGACGAAAACCAGCAUGCAGAUGAAUGUUUAAACGCAAUUUUCUUCUGUGAUGAAUUUGCUCGGUUAUGUACAGGGGAUGUUGCAAUGAUUCCAGACAAACCUCGGCAGACGCUAGUGGACAUGCUUGGGCAAUAUCAGUCAUAUUUUGAACGCACACAUGCCUUACUUCCUCGCGUACUCACGUUCCUUUUCGCAUCACUGGACGUUGCAUCAUGUGCUUCUGUAGCAUCCAAAUCUAUAUCGCAUCUUUGCAAAUCAUGCCGCAAUGCUCUAACAUUCGAGCUUCCUGCAUUUAUGGACCAGUUUGAGCGUUUUCGCUUCAAGCCUACAGCCACUGCUUCCACCAUGGAGAAAGUUCUAGAGGGAAUUGCUGCUAUUAUACAAACUUUACCUACUGAUAACGAGAAAGCUCAGCUCCUUGAGCGAAUUCUCAAAUUCUUCCAGGAGCAGGCAGAGCUGGCACGAGAUGAAGCCUCUCGCGGGUUAGUGGAGCCUGCUCGCUGUCGCGGUCAGUUAGUUCUCCGUUGCGUUGCAAGUAUUGGAAAAGGGCUCAGAACAGAUGGUGAAAUUGUUUUAGACGCUCUUGACGACGUGACCAUUAUCGAAGCAGCAUGCGAUAUACUGAAGGCUGGCUUUACCGAGAACAGUGGUCCCUAUGUCUUUCCACCGAUGGUGACAGUCAAUUUCGUGAAAAGUAUACCGUUAGGGAGUGCUGGCACAGAUAUGGUUAUGGGUACGGCCUCGGCGUUCUUGGCCUCUCACAGUGCACAUCCACAACGUAUCCGUGAAGAGACUGUUACCCUGAUUGUCCAUGUAUAUGAAACAUUUUGCUGGAUGCAUGAGAAGCCAGAGUUCUACGACCCUGAGCUUGCAAACAGCGGCAUCGACUUCCUCACUCGCCUGCUCCCCAAGUAUUACCCCUUUCUUUUUACUCUUACUGCUGUGCCUCAGGAGUCCAACCAGCCAGGAACUGGUCAUGUUGAUGGUGCCCCUCAGCGUCCACCAGUACUCCAAGCGAUUCUAAACUUUACACUCCUUUCCUUGCAAGGCCCGGAGCCACUUCCCCUUCGCUCUGCCUCCCAAUUCUGGCUCUAUGCCGCAUAUUGGUAUCUCAGGUCGCCGGGCGAUGUGCCCGUUCCGACCUUGAACACCUCUGUGAGGUGCUCAGAAGGCUCAUCUUCAAACAGCAAGGAUUAG